CGAGAUUUUACGAGAAGUUAGUUCAACAGGAGAAGGUCGCGUCGUCAAGGAGUCAAUUAUUAAAAGAGGAUCCCCAACAUUGCUUAUUCUGAUGAACUGAUAAAGAAUCAAACAUGUCAGAAAAGGGAUCACGAACGGGGACCCCUAACAAACCCGGAUCCAAGAGAGGGUCCAAAGUGAAUACUCCUAAAUCUGGGACCCCCAAGGGAUCCAAGAGCAACACUCCCCUACCUACCGAAAUAGCGCUAGUCCAAGCUGAAGAUGAAAAUGCUGCAGGAACUUCUGAGGGUACAUUACCACCCGGAGAAGGACAGCAGGGUGAAGGGGAGGUAACUGGUGUUGUUGCUGAUGUAGGAGACAGUGAAGUGGAAGCAGAAGAGGCUGCUGUUGAUCAAAUUACAGUGUACUCUCUGAUAAAGGAGAGAGUCACGGUACAGAACUUAAAGGAGGAUAUGUGGAAGGAGCAGCACGAGGAAGCUGUACACGCCUUCAUUGAUGAUCCCGCGGUCAAACUUAUGGUGGCCUACAUUGACCCCUUCAAAGGCUUCACCAUUGAACCAGCCAUUCCUACAUUCGUGGUGGAUCAGCUCACCUACCUCAUCAAGUCUGGCAAGGUCAAGGAACUGACCACAGACAAUUUCUUGACCGUUGUACAGUAUGGCACAGUGAAGGGCAUGCACAUUGAAAGUUUGCUGAGGAUGAUGAUGGGAAUCUAUGCCCCCAUCUUUUUUGAGAACACAACAUGGCCCGACAGUAUAAAGAAUGAUUUCUCAGCACAAUUACACAAAUUUCUGGCCAACCUGACAGACACCCGGUGGAAGCUUGAAGGGAAGACGGUUCUGUACAUCCCUACAGAGGGUCUCAGACUUGCCUCCGAGGAUGCUGCCAAAAACAAGGAAUUGGUCCAGAGGCUGGAGACGGCCAUGAUACACUGGGCUAGACAGAUUAAGGAGGUACUCAACAACCAGGACGCCUUUGAGAUGGCCGAGAACUCAGGCCCCCUGGACGAGAUUGAGUUCUGGAAGAACAGAUGUACAGAUCUGACAGGCAUCAGUACCCAGCUGGACAAACAAGGAGUGAAGAAGAUAACGGAGAUUCUUCAGAUGGCCAAGUCCUCCUACGUUGCACCGUUCCUCAAACUGUCGUCAGAAAUCAAGGAGGGGUCACGACAGGCGGAGAGCAACCUCAAGUUCCUGAUGGUGCUUAAGGAUCCGUGUUUCGAGUUGUCAGAAUCCAAACCCAAAGACAUUCCUGCUAUGUUACCCAAGAUUCUUGGCACCAUCAGGAUGAUCUGGGUCAACUCCGAGUUCUACAAAACCAGAGAGAGGCUCACCGGCAUACUCAAGAAGAUGAGUAAUGAGAUUAUCAGACGGUGUUGUAAGGAGAUAAAUCUGGACAAGAUCUUUGACGGGCACGUACAGACAGGGAUGAAAUCUCUCAAUGAGUGUAUUGAAUGCUGUGAGAGCUGGAAGGAAAUAUAUAACAAGAUGUCCAAACUACAUCACAAGUUUUCUCCCGUCGGAUGGGUGCUGGAUAAGAGCAGUAUUUUUGCUCAGAUUGAUGCCUUUGUACAGAGGUGUAAGGAUCUGAUUGGUGUAUGUGAGGCUCAGAUUCACUUUGCUCGACGUGAGGAGGGAGAAAAGAUAGACAUGCCUCACUUUGCUGGACAGAAGGGACCAGAGAUUGCCAGGAGUCUACUCGAGAUUGAGGCUACAUUCGAAAAAAAUCUCAGUCAGCUCCGCUCUGUGAAAAACACUAUUCUAGAUGUCAAAGCCACAUCAUGGCAUGAUGACUACGUCAAGUUCCGAGCAGGCAUCAAGGAUCUUGAGGUAAUGAUGCAGAACAUUAUAACAUCGGCGUUUGACACAGUGAACACUGUCGAGGCAGGCGUAGAACUCCUCGACAUCUUCAUGCACCUGGCCUCAAGAGAGGCAAUCAAGAGAACGAUAGACAAGAAGACCGUUGAUGUGUACACCAUGUUCAACGAGGAGCUGAACGCCGUCAAGAAGGAGCUCACACAGAAAUCACUCAAACAGUCGCCCAGCCAUCCCAAGUUUGCUGGACAGGGACUUUGGGCCCGACAACUCAAGCGUAGGAUCGAGAGGGGCAUGAUGAUCCUGGACCGCGCCCACUUCCUGCCCCAUAUAGGGUCUGGAGAGGAGGUGAGGACCCAGUAUCAGCAGCUCUGUCUCGCUCUGGACGAAUACAUCCGCAAAACUUUCCACGAGUGGACGCAGACAGUGGACAAGAUUUGCUCCUCCACUGCCGCUAUCAUGAAUAUUCCGGAGCCCAUGAAGUUACUAGAGGUACCACUGAUGUGUAGGAGCAGCGAGAAACCUCCCAUGUUAGACAUCAAUUUCAACAGGAGUCUACUGAAGAUUUUCCAGGAGAUUCACUACUGGGAGCGUCUCAUGUUUGAGAUUCCUCAUUAUGCCACGGAUGUAUACAACAAGCGGGAGGAUCUCCGUGCCCUCCGGGAACAUGUGCUGCUGGUCGUCCGCGACUACAACAGAAUAAUUGCAGCUCUUUCUGUGGAAGAACGAGGACUAUUUAAAGAAAGGAUUCGUUUCCUAGACAAGAAGAUUCACCCUGGUCUGACCAAACUGACCUGGGCAUCGAAGGGUAUUUCAGACUUUUUCGUGACGGACUGCCGUAUCAACGCCAGUAAGAUACAGGUGGUCGUGGAUGACUAUAAGAACGCUAACAUGGAUAUUUCUAAGCAGUGUGUUCAGAUCAGUGAUAUGCUGCUUAUCAGCAUAGACCCUCGUAAAGUCUACAAGAAUUUGGAAUUUGACGAAGAACAGGCAAAUCACAGAGAAAAUGUUUCCAGGAAACUGAAGGCUUUACACGACGAGUUAGUCAGGACCAUGAGGUUGACAUACGAAGUCUUCAAAAACGACGGCAUGGAGGUACAACAACACUGGCACAGAUACACGGAGAAGAUGGACAGAAUGGUGGAGGAAGCCUUCCGACUCAACAUCAAAUGGUCACUCCAGGAACUGUCCAAGGCCAUCAACGGAGACGGAAAGUCUGCCCCUAACCCUCUGUUUAGGGUGAAAGUUUGUCUCCAAGGCGACAAGGUUGAGUUCCAGCCCACACUCAAACAACUGGCCAAUGGGAUAGGCAGUAUUGGAGGUCAGCUGACCAAGGCUGUUUCCGGCAUUGUCCGUCUUCCCAACAUCCUCACCAAGAAACGCUCCACCAAAGAUCCAAUCCAUGAUGUGAUAUCGCGGGACGAGGAGACAAAGAAGAUCCAGACGGUUAUAAACACAGGAAUGCAGACGAACGCCACCAAUCUACAGAACUAUCUGAGUACGUGGGACAACUACCGUGAGAUUUGGGAGAUAAACAAGGACAUGUUUAUCAAACGCUACCAGAAACUUAACCCACAGGUCUCUUCCUUUGAUGCCGACAUUGCCAGGUACGAUGAGGUGGCCAACAACGUCCAGACUCAGGAAACAAUCCUCAACAUCCAGUUUGUACUCCUGGACUGUUCUCCGCUCAAGUACGCCAUCCUCGGUCAUUGUCAGGAGUGGCAGAACAAAUUCACCUCCCUCCUCAAGGAGAUCGCCACCAGUCGCCUCAACGAGCUCCAUAACUUCCUCAAGGACAACAGCACCAAUGUUAGUAAACCUCCACAGACCCUGGACGAGCUUGGUAACAGCCUAAAUCUGUGGGAACAGUUACACACUGGGCUCGCUGACACAGAGGCCAAGUUCCCACCCCUGCAUGACCAGUUUGGUAUCCUGGAGAAAUAUGAAGUCGCGAUCCCUGAGGAGGUGACGGCCAUGCUGAACGACUUGAGCAAUGAGUGGGUGACGUUCCAACAGGUCCUGAUUGACGCGGAGACGAUGCUGAAGAAACACAAGGAGAAAUUCAAGAGUGGAUUGCUUGCACAGUCGGAAGAAUUCAAGAAGCAGAUACACAACUUGAUGGAUGAAUUUGCCACCAAGGGUCCAUUCGCCGCCAAUAUCGGAACGGCUGAUGCCUUGAGCAAUGUAGCGGUGAUCAAAGAGCAAUUAGACGCACUUAAACGACAAGAGCAGGAAAUCAGAAAGGGCCUCAAUAUCUUCAAGAUCGACCAGCCACCGUCAAAGGAGGUCGCAAAUCUGGAUAAGGACCUGGAGUUGAUUGAAACGAUCUGGAACCUGAACAAGGAUUGGGAAGGACUAUGGUCCGACUGGAAGGGCAACAAGUUCACUGAACUUCAGACUGCUGAUAUGGAGAAUAACUCACAGGCUAUUUACAAAAAACUCAACCGCUUCAGCAAGGAGCUCAAGGACAAGAAUUGGGAGGUGGUUGAUACAAGCAGGAAUAAGGUUGACCAGUUCAAGCGAACCAUGCCCCUCAUUAACGACCUGAAAAACAAGGCCAUGAGACCUCGCCAUUGGACACAGAUACAGAAAGACAUGGCGAAGGAGUUUGAUCACAACAGCGAAGACUUCACUCUGGAAAAGAUAAUUGAGUACGGGUUUGACCAGUUUGCUGAACAGAUCGGUGAUAUCUCAGGUGCUGCUACCAAAGAGUUAGCCAUAGAGCAGGGUAUAGCUGGCAUAGAAAGUACCUGGAACGUGACAGAACUUGAUAUUGGGCCCUACAAGGACAGAGGUCACUUCAAACUCAAGUCAACAGACGAUGUGUUCCUGGCCCUUGAGGACAACCAGGUACAACUGUCCACCAUGAAGGCCUCGCGGUUUGUGAAGGCGUUCGAGCAAGAGGUGGACCGCUGGGAGAGAGUUCUAUCUCAUAUCCUAGAGGUGGUGGAAAUGCUGUUACAAGUACAGCGACAGUGGAUGUAUCUGGAGAACAUUUUCCUGGGUGAAGAUAUUAGGAAGCAGCUGCCGCGAGAGUCGGCGGAAUUUGACGAUGUUAACGGUAAAUGGAAGUUGAUCAUGUCCCGGCUGAACAAAGACAGAAAUGCCCUCCGAGGAACUCACCACGAAGGUUUGUUGGAGAGUUUGAACGACAUGAAUGUGAAGUUGGAGGAAAUUCAGAAAUCGCUGGACAUGUACCUGGAGACCAAGCGACAGAUCUUCCCUCGAUUCUACUUCUUGUCCAAUGACGACUUGCUUGAGAUCCUCGGACAGUCAAAGAACCCGAAAGCUGUUCAGCCUCACCUUAAAAAAUGCUUUGACAACAUCAAGUCACUCGAGAUGAUUAAGCCAAGUUUGAAAUGGGAGGCGUCCGGAAUGUGGUCGACAGAGGGAGAGUUUGUGGAGUACGAGAAGCAUGUCUACUUAGAGGGGCUUGUGGAGGCCUGGUUGUGUGAUGUGGAGAAAACCAUGAGGUGGACACUGAAGGAUGAGCUGAAGAAGUGUCGCGUGUCUCUGAAAAAACAUAUGACCAAACGAGACAAGUGGAUUAAGGAGCACCCUGGACAGCUGUGUAUCACCGCCAGUCAGAUGCAGUGGACAACAGAUGUGGAACGGGCACUGAAACUCACGCGGGACAGGGGAGACAAGAAGGCUCUUAAAACGAUGAAACGCAAACAGGUUGCCAUGUUGAACAAAUUCUCAGAGGCCAUACGAGGAAACCUUUCAAAAAUGCAGCGUAUGAAGGUGGUUGCCCUGGUAACCAUUGAAGUGCAUGCUCGUGAUAUCAUUGAGAAGUUGAUCAAGACCAAUACAUCGGAUGAGAAUGCAUUUGAGUGGCUCAGCCAGCUUCGGCUGUACUGGGAAAAGUCUCCCAUUGACGACUGUGUUGUGAAGCAGACCAACACACAGUUCCCAUACGGUUACGAGUACCUAGGUAACUCCGGCCGUCUGGUCAUCACUCCGCUGACCGACAGGUGCUACAUCACACUGACCACAGCCCUCCACCUCCACAGAGGAGGCAGCCCCAAAGGACCAGCUGGAACUGGUAAAACAGAGACAGUCAAAGAUUUGGGGAAAUGUCUGGGAAUGUACGUCAUUGUAGUGAACUGCUCCGAAGGCCUCGACUACAAAUCCAUGGGACGCAUGUUCUCGGGUCUGGCUCAGACCGGAGCCUGGGGUUGUUUUGAUGAGUUUAACCGUAUCAACAUUGAGGUGUUGUCCGUCGUCGCUCAGCAGAUUCUAUCCAUCCUCAGUGCCCUGGCCGCAGGCUCUUCCCGAUUUGUGUUUGAAGGUCGUGAAAUUGACCUGGUGUGGUCUUGUGGUAUUUUCAUCACAAUGAACCCAGGUUAUGCUGGUCGUACAGAGUUACCUGAUAACCUCAAGUCCAUGUUCCGACCCAUUGCCAUGGUCACUCCGGACUCCAAUCUUAUCGCAGAAAUCACCCUGUUUGGUGAGGGCUUCGGAAACACCAAGGCAUUGGCCAAGAAGGUGUAUACACUGUACUCUCUGGCUGAGCAGCAGCUUUCCAAACAAGAUCACUACGACUUUGGGCUUCGUGCCUUGGUGUCUGUCCUCAGAUACGCCGGCCGCAAGAAGCGCAGCAACCCCAACAUGCCUGAUGAAGAGCUGUUACUGCUGUCGAUGAAGGACAUGAACGUCGCUAAGAUGACGGCCGUGGAUCUGCCUCUCUUCAACGGAAUCAUGUCCGACUUGUUCCCUGGAAUAGAAACACCGACCAUCGACUACAGCAAGAUGAAGAACGCGGUCAUCGCAGAACUGAAGGAAAAUCAACUACAGUGUAACAACCAUACCAUUACCAAGAUCCUUCAACUGUACGAGACAAAAACAUCGCGUCACUCCGUGAUGAUCGUUGGGUCCACGCAGGCGGGAAAGACGGUUGCUUGGCGAAUAUUACAAGGGACAAUGUCUCGUCUGAACAAGGAAAAGGACAGCGGCUUUCAGGUUGUCAAGGAGUACCCAAUCAACCCAAAAUCCCUCUCCCUCGGCGAACUGUACGGGGAGUUUGACCUCAACACCAAUGAGUGGACUGAUGGAGUACUGUCCAGCGUGAUGAGACAGACCUGUGCUGAUGAACGGCCCGAUGAGAAGUGGCUGGUGUUUGAUGGUCCAGUGGAUACACUUUGGAUCGAGAGUAUGAACUCUGUGAUGGACGAUAACAAAAUUCUUACUCUAAUUAACGGAGAACGUAUUUCCAUGCCAGAACAAGUGUCACUUCUGUUUGAAGUGGAGGACUUAGCAGUGGCCUCCCCUGCGACAGUGUCGCGCUGUGGAAUGGUCUACGCCGAUUACAAUGACAAUGGCUGGGAGCCGUUUGUAGAGUCGUGGCUGGAAAAAAAGAAGGAUCAAAAGCAACUGGUGGAAGAGCUGCGUCGUCUGUUUGACAAGUACUUAGUGAAAAUCCUUGAGUUCAAACGCCAGAACUGUCAUGACCUGAUACCCAUUGCUCAACUCAACGGAGUGAGCUCCCUUUGUAAACUGUUUGAUUCCCUGGGAACACAAGAAAAUGGAGUGGACCCCCAUGAUGCGGAGAACUUUGUGAGAAUGGUGGAGCUAUGGUUCCAGUUCUGUAUGAUCUGGUCUAUCUGUUGCUCAGUAGACGAAGAGGGGCGGAAGAAGAUUGAUAACUACAUCCGUGAGAUGGAGAGCACCUUCCCCAACAAGGACACCAUUUACGAGUACUGUGUUGACCCCAAGGGCAAAACUUGGGUACACUGGGAAGAGAAACUCCGAGGUGGCUUCAAGUUUGCCCCAGGAACGCCGUUCUACAAGUUGAUUGUGCCAACGGUUGAUACAGUGAGGUACCAGUACCUUGUGUCCGCACUAAUCCGAUCCUUCAACCCCGUCAUGCUGGUCGGACCUGUGGGAACUGGCAAGACAUCAGUGAUCGAGAAUACUCUCAGCAAAGUGGAUCCAAAGGUCUACAGUCUUCUCACAGUCAACAUGUCUGCCCAGACGAGCUCCAACCAGGUACAGGACAUUAUAGAGAGCCGAGUGGAGAAACGUACUAAGGGAGUUUACGUACCUAUCGGGGGCAAGAAGCUGCUCACCUUCAUGGACGACUUCAACAUGCCAGGCAAGGACACGUUUGGUUCCCAGCCACCCUUAGAACUGAUGAAACUGUGGCUGGAUUACGGGUUCUGGUAUGACCGCCUCAAGCAGACCAUCAAAUCCAUCAAGGAUAUGUUCCUAUUAGCGGCCAUGGGACCCCCAGGAGGUGGUAGAAUGGUCAUCUCCCGGCGUCUCCAGAGUAGAUUCAACCUGAUCAACAUGACCUUCCCACAGGAGUCGCAGAUUAAGAGGAUAUUUGGAUCAAUGAUAAACCAGAAGCUACAGGACUUUGAGGAGGAAGUGAAGCCGAUCGGGGAUGUCCUCACCCAAGCUACCAUAGAGAUGUACCAGGCUGUUGUCUCCAAGUUCCUCCCCACCCCAACAAAGAUCCACUACCUGUUCAAUCUGAGGGAUAUCUCCAAGAUAUUCCAAGGUCUGUUGAGGGCCCACAAGGACUACCACGAUACAAAGUCAAAUAUGACCAGACUCUGGAUCCACGAAUGUUUCAGAGUAUUUUCUGAUCGUCUUGUCGAGGAAAAAGACCAUGAAACAUUUAUCAACAUCCUCACCGAGAAACUGGGAACCUUGUUCGAUCAGACCUACCACAAUAUCUGUCCUAACAAACAACCGCCCAUAUUUGGUGACUACAUGAACAUAGACUGUGUGUACGAGGAUAUCCAUGACAUUGGUAACCUGAAGAAACACAUGAUGGACAUGUUAGAGGAGUAUAAUACCACACCUGGAGUGGUCAACAUGGAUCUGGUCCUCUUUAGGGACGCCAUAGAACACGUGUCUAAGGUUGUCCGUGUGAUUCGUCAGCCUCGUGGAAACAUGUUACUGGUGGGUGUUGGUGGUAGCGGACGUCAAAGCUUGACCAGAUUGGCAGCAAGCAUCUGUGAAUUCAAAAUCUUCCAGAUCGAAGUCACCAAACAAUACCGCAAACAGGAGUUUAGAGACGACUUAAAGCGUCUGUACUGGCAGGCUGGGGUUGACAACAAACCAACGGUGUUUAUAUUCAAUGACACACAAGUGGUGGAGGAGGGAUUCCUUGAGGAUAUCAACAACAUCCUCAGUAGUGGUGAGGUGCCCAACCUCUACAAACCUGACGAAUUUGAGGAGGUGCGAACGGCUCUGAGUGACAUUGUCAAAAAAGAAGGAAUCGAUGAUAGCCCUCAGAGCGUGUUUGCAUUCCUCGUUAGCCGAGUGAGAGCCAACCUCCAUGUGGUGCUGUGUAUGAGCCCUGUAGGAGAGCCCUUCAGGAACCGCAUGCGUAUGUACCCCGCAUUCGUCAACUGUACGACAAUCGACUGGUUCAGUGAGUGGCCUCAGGACGCUUUGCUGGAAGUCGCCGAUAAAUACUUGGCCGAGAUCAACUUGGGCGGUGAAGACGAGAAAAGCAAGAAACAAGCGAAAUCAAGAAGUUCAUUCAAGGGAGGUAAUAAAGUAGAAAAGCUUAAACCUUUGUUGGCCAAGAUGUUUUCCGUCAUGCACAAAUCUGUAGUGGCAUUCUCCCUGCGGCUGUUACUGGAAAUGAGGCGUCACAACUACGUCACACCAACCAACUACCUGGAGCUCGUCAGCGGAUACAAGAAACUGUUGUUCAAUAAGAACAAGGAGCUUGGCGAUGCCUGUAACAAGCUGAAGAACGGUCUCAGUAAGAUUGACGAGACGCGUGAGAAGGUGGAAAAGAUGUCAAUAGAACUCGAAGACGCGAAGAUCAAAGUGGCACAGUUCCAGAAACAGUGCGACGAUUACCUGGUCACUCUGGUCCAGCAGAAACGAGAGGCAGACGAACAGCAGAAGUCUGUGGCGCAAAAGUCGGAGAGGAUUACAGAGGAGGAAAGUAAGUGUCAGCACAUGGCUGACCUUGCCCAACAUGACCUUGACGAGGCUCUGCCAGCCCUGGAGGAAUCCAUUAAGGCACUGGAGUCUCUCAACAAGAAGGACAUUGGAGAGAUCAAGUCCUAUGGCCGACCUCCGACCCUUGUAGAAAAGGUCAUGGAAGCUGUCAUGAUUUUAAGAGGACAGGAGCCUUCAUGGGGCGAGUCUAAAAGGCAGCUUGGUGACAAUAAUUUCAUCAAGCAGUUGAUGAACUUUGACAAGGACAAUAUCUCUGACCGUGUGUUGAAGAAGAUUGGUGGGUAUGUAGCUCAGUCAGAUUUCCAGCCAGAAAUCAUUGGUCGUGUAUCUGGUGCCGCCAAGUCCCUGUGUAUGUGGGUGAGGGCUAUGGAGGUGUAUGGCCGUGUUUUCAGGGUCGUAGAGCCCAAGAAACAGAGACUGAAUGCAGCCAUGAACCAGCUUAAGGAAAAACAAGACGCUCUAGCUGAUGCCAAGGCUAAGCUGGCAGAGGUUGAGGCUAAGAUGGCCGAAUUAAAGCAGCAAUACGACGAGAAGCUUGCCCAGAAGGAGGAGCUAAAGAGGAAGGCGGAAUACACGGAGAUGAUGUUGGAUCGCGCAGCCAAGCUCGUGUCAGGAUUGGCUGGUGAGAGGAUCCGAUGGGAGGAGACGGUCAAGGACCUGGAGGAGAGGAUGGGAUAUCUGGUGGGCGAUUGUCUAAUGGCUGCAGCGUUCAUGUCCUACAUGGGGCCCUUCCUGUCCAACUACAGGGAUGAGAUGGUCCAGAAGAUCUGGCUUGUCGAGAUCAGGAAACUAGCAAUACCGUGCGCACCUGAUUUCAGCUUCUGCAAUUUCAUGGCUAAACCCACAGACGUUCGUGACUGGAACAUCAAGGGCCUGCCCAAUGAUAACUUUUCGUCGGAGAACGGUGUUAUUGUCACUUCUGCCAGUCGAUGGCCUCUCAUGGUUGACCCCCAGGGUCAGGCGAUCAAGUGGAUCAAAAACAUGGAGGCUGAACACGGUCUGAAGGUGAUAGAUCUACAACAGUCGGACUACAUGAGAACCCUGGAGGCAUCGAUACAGUUCGGUCUGCCUGUGUUACUACAGAACGUCCAGGAGUCACUUGACCCCUCCCUUGACCCCAUCCUGAACAAGUCACUCAUGAGGGUUGGUGGAGCAUACCUCAUCAAGCUGGGAGACAAGGAGAUAGAGUAUAAUCCGGACUUCCGCUUCUACAUCACCACCAAGCUGAGUAACCCCCACUAUACCCCGGAAAUCUCCACCAAGACCACCAUCACAAACUUCGCCGUCAAGGAACAAGGUCUCGAGGCCCAGCUGUUGGGUAUUGUUGUCCGGAAAGAAAGACCCGACCUUGAGGAGCAGAAGGACAGUCUUGUGAGGAGCAUCGCUGCAGGAAAGAAGAAAAUUGUGGAGUUAGAGGAUGAAAUUCUCAGACUUCUGAACGAGACAAAGGGUUCGCUGUUGGAUGAUGAACAGCUGGUUAACACUCUACAGACUUCUAAGAUCACAUCUCAGGAGGUGUCUGAACAGCUCCAGAUAUCUGAGCUGACCGAGGUCAAGAUUGACGCAGCAAGAGAGGGAUAUCGACCAUCUGCUGAGCGAGCUUCCAUCUUGUUUUUCGUGCUGAACGACAUGGGACGAAUUGAUCCUAUGUACCAGUUCUCACUGGAUGCCUACAUCGAACUCUUCAUCAUCUCGAUAGACAAGAGUCCUCGCAGCAGUAAACUAGAGGAGAGGAUCACCAACCUUAAUGAAUACCAUACCUACGCUGUGUACAGAUACACAUGCCGAGGACUAUUUGAGCGACACAAGUUGUUGUUUUCCUUCCAAAUGUGUGCCAAGAUCCUUGAGUCAGCCAACAAGAUCAACAUGGACGAGUACAACUUCUUCUUGAGAGGUGGUGUGGUGCUGGACCGGGAGAACCAGAUGGACAACCCGUGUUCAGGCUGGCUGUCGGACAUUGCCUGGGACAACAUCACCGAGCUUGACAAGCAGACAAACUUCCACGGUGUCAUCACCUCAUUUGAACAAUACCCGCGUGACUGGAACAUCUGGUACACUUCAGCAGAGCCCGAGACUGCCACACUCCCAGGUGAGUGGGACAAUGCCUGUAACGAGCUCCAGAGGAUGCUAAUUGUCCGCUCACUCAGAUCUGACCGUGUUUCCUUCUGUGCCACAUCCUUCAUCAUCAACAACCUGGGGUCAAAGUUCACCGAACCGCCAGUACUUGAUAUGCAACAAGUUGUAGAGGACUCGACGACGAGGACCCCGCUAAUCUUUGUCCUGUCCGCUGGUGUGGAUCCGACAAGCUCUCUGCUACAGCUGGCUGAAUCCAGCGGGAUGGCGCAGCGCUUCCAUGCCCUUUCCUUGGGGCAAGGACAGGCUCCCAUAGCAACCAGGAUGAUUAAGGAGGGUGUGAGAGAGGGUAAUUGGGUGUUCUUGGCCAAUUGUCAUUUGUCCUUGAGUUGGAUGCCACAGUUGGAUAAGUUGGUGGAACAGCUACAGAUUGAACAGCCUCAUCCUGAGUUCCGUCUGUGGUUGAGUAGUAGUCCCCACCCCGAGUUCCCGAUCUCCAUCCUACAGACCGGCAUCAAAAUGACCACGGAGCCUCCCAAGGGUCUGAAGGCCAACAUGAAGCGUCUAUUGAACCUGGUCACGGAGCAGCAGUUUGCCCGCUGUACGAAGCAGGAGAAGUACAGGAAACUGCUGUUUGCACUGUGUUACUUCCACUCCAUACUGCUGGAGCGUAGGAAGUUCCUCAUGUUGGGUUGGAACAUAGCCUACGAGUUCAACGACGCUGACUUUGAGGUGUCUGAGAACCUCCUCAGUAUAUAUCUAGAUGGCUAUGAUGAUACACCUUGGGAUGCUCUGAAAUAUCUCAUCGCCAACAUCAAUUACGGAGGUCAUGUGACAGAUGACUGUGAUCGUCGUCUGCUCAUGACUUAUGUCUCCGACUACUUCCAUGAUAGCGUACUCAGCACUCCGUUCUACAAGAUGUCCAUCUUGCCGACCUACUACGUGCCUAAAGACGGACCUCUGUCCUCCUACAAGGAGUAUGUCAGCAUGUUACCCAAUGUCGACCACCCAGAAGCCUUCGGUCAACAUCCCAACGCCGACAUUGCUUCUCAGAUCACUGAGACCCGCCUCAUGUUUGACACCCUUCUGUCCCUGCAGCCAACCAUCAGUGCUGUUGCAGGCGAGAGUCGUGAGGAUAAGGUAUUGGAUCUAGCCGCCAACAUCUACAAACAGAUCCCAGAAAACAUCGACUACGAGAACACGGCCAAGAUUCUCUCUAUCGACCCCUCGCCUCUCAACGUUGUUCUGCUACAGGAGAUUCAACGUUACAAUAUUUUAUUGGAUGAGAUUCGAUCGUCCUUGACUGACCUUGAAAGAGGCAUCCAAGGUCUUGUUGUGAUGACACUGGAGUUGGAGAACAUUUUCACGUGUAUCUUUGAUGGCAGAGUCCCUCCUAGCUGGCUCAAGGCCUACUCAUCGCUGAAGCCAUUGGCUGCAUGGACACGUGACUUGGUGCAGCGUGUCGACCAGUUCCAGCACUGGGCUCUCACAGCUCACGCGCCGACCAUCUUCUGGAUGUCAGCGUUCACCUUCCCGACUGGAUUCCUGACUGCUGUCCUGCAAACUUCUGCACGUCAGAACAGCGUUUCUGUGGACACUCUACAGUGGGAGUUCAGUGUACUCACCGUUGACGAUACCAACAUCACCGGCCCUCCUAAGGAUGGUGUAUACAUUAAGGGACUCUAUCUCCAGGGUGCAGGAUGGGACAAGAAAAACACGUGUCUAGUGGAAGCCAACCCCAUGCAGCUUGUCUGUCCUAUGCCCUCCAUACACUUCAGAGCUGUGGAGAGCAAGAAGAAGGCAGCUAAAGGUCUGUAUUCCUGUCCUUGUUACUACUACCCUAACCGUGUGGGCGUCACCGGACGCCCCUCUUACAUCGUCUCUGUUGAUCUAAAGACUGGCGAGAAGGCAGCGGAUCACUGGGUAAAGAGAGGAACGGCUCUGUUGAUGAGUUUGGACUAUUAAGAAGACACUGACCAGUAUUUCUUAUAUGGACUAUGAGCAAUGGCUUAUGUUCGAUACUGACCAGUGACUUAUGUUGGUGAGCUUUUAAACUUGGUCAAGUGACUUAUACCAGGUUUAUUGGUAAAGAUAAAAUGAACAAUGAUUCUCAUAACAAAACGUGUUAUUGACCAGUCCUCGCUUCCGACAAGAAUUAAUAGACGGACACCUUAUUUCUGAAGUGUUUCUGUGGACUUUCGUAUACAAAAAAUGAGACGAUGUUGUCAGUAUAUGAUUCUUUACUUGUGGCAUGUUGUCUGACCUUGAACUUUGCAUACAGGUGUAUAUGAAAGUGACGGAAUACAAACCGAAAUUCAUCAAAAAUAUUUCAUUGUCCUAAAAACUCAUUGUCGUAUCUGUUUACUUGUGUUUUAUUUUUUGCAAUGUUGUCUGACCUUGAACUUUGCAUACAGGUGUAUAUGAAAGUGAUAGAAUAUAGAAACCGAAAUUCAUCAAAAAUAUUUCAUUGUCCUAAAAACUCAUUGUCGUAUCUGUUUACUUGUGUUUUAUUUUUUGCAGUAAACUACAAAUAUAAAAAUGUUGCAGCAAAGUACUAAUUAUGAUUCAAAAAGAGGUUGUGUGCCAAAUAUGAAAUAUUCCAAUAAUUGUUUUGUACUAUUACACUCCCCUUAAUUCUUAACCCCAUCCUCUCAAAAUACAGACAUACAAAAUGUAAUGUACAAUUUAGGUUCCUACUUUUGUACUUUUAUGGAAUAUAAUAGUUUUUACUAAUGAAAUAUGGAAUUAUCUUUUUAUUAGAUUAUAUGAAAUCCAUCGGUUUAAGGAUGUUGAAUAUCAAAAUGUCUUUGUUCAGUUAGAUUUAUCUAAAAAAAACUUACGGUAUUUUGUUGGGCUAAAUUAUGAAAUCCCUUUGUAUUUCUUUGGCUAAAUAAUGAAAUCCCUCUGUUUUCUUUGGCUAAAUUAUGAAAUCCCUCUGUUUUCUUUGGCUAAAUUAUGAAAUCCCUCUGUUUUAUUUGGCUAAAUUAUGAAAUCCCUCUGUUUUCUUUGGCUAAAUUAUGAAAUCCCUCUGUUUAAUUUGUCUGAUCAAUGAAAUCCCUGUUUUAUUUGGCUAAAUUAUGAAAUCCCUCUGUUUAAUUUGUCUGAUCAAUGAAAUCCCUCUGUUUUCUUAGGCUAAAUUAUGAAAUCCCACUGUUUAAUUUGGCUAAAUUUGAAAUCCCUUUGUUUUAUUUGGCUACAUUAUGAAAUCCGUCUGUUUUAUUUGACUGAUCAGUGAAAUCCCUCUGUUUAAUUUGGCUGAUCAGUGAAAUACCUCUGUUUUACAAACUUAGUUUUGAAAUCCGCCUGUUUCAUAAUUAAAGGCUGAUGAGAAAUUCCCAUGUAUGAAGUGAAAUUAAGUAAUGUCUCUCCUUUUAUUAUGUUUAAUCAUCCGUUUGUAUAAAGUUUGUUAUACAGAUCUAUCUUAUUGUAGCGUAAUGCUAUUGAUUAAGGGAAAUGCAGUUUAUUUAAUUUGUAUGGAGCUGGUGAGAUUGUUUGAAAAAUUUUGUAACUACACAAAGCAAUUAAAUAACAGAUUCAUAUUUUGAAACCAGAAUUUAAAAAAGAAAAAUUUAAAAAAAGUUUUUUUUUUAUUGUAUUGUAGAUAUAUAAAUCAGUAUAUCAAACUGAAUUUUAAAGCUCUACAACGAGCUCAUCUGUCCAGACACAUUUGUCAUUGAGUAAAAUAAAUCACUCAUGUAUUUGCAAAAA